CAGCUAAAAAUGUCUUUAUAACUGCAUCACAAACGAUUAACAAUCAAUAGUAUGGCUACUCGUGCAAUAAGGGAUUAAUAGCACUCAUAACAAGCACUGGCAAGGUUAAUAGCACUCGGCUAUGCCUCGUGCAAUUAGUAUCCUUGCCAUUGCUAUUAAUCCCAUUUGCACUCUUAGCCAUACUCUAGACAUAGAUCUAAUUAUAGUGAUGUGGAAAAAAUUGAUCAUUACUUAUUGUGUAGUCAGGCUCAUAAUGAAUACAAUUAUACUCUUAAUAAAGUACAGUAACCCAUAACGACGUCUGCAUGCCAAUAUUUUCUCACAGCUCAGUUCACAGAACAGCCAUUGUCAAUGGAGAGAGCUGAGGGACUGGAGGCAGUGUUCAAGUGUCAGUAUCAAGUGGAGGGAUUCUUUGUUACUUAUCAUUGGGCAAUAAACAAUUCUAUAGUCUCAACAGAUACAGAAACUGUUAGAGUACGUCCACCUUCAUCCUCUGGUGGACCAGCCACACUGAUAAUCUUGGCCACUCCACAGCACGACCACUCUGUUGUUCAGUGUCAGGCUACAAUCAGAAAUGGCAUGAUUACUGUAAGGUCUGAAGUAUCGAUCACAGCUACUCUAACUGUUCAUGGAACGGUAAUCACUAAUGUUCUGACUGCUCCAAACACCAUUACCGUGACAUGGAAUGCUCUACCCCUCACUGAGUACUGUGUGGACAUCACCAGGACAAUUCUCGACUCCACUCAAACAGUUGUUCUUGAUUAUGUGUGUGGACUGGCUAAUGAGUACAUCUUCACGUACUCCAACCCCAUCAGUGUGUGUGACAGAUUCUCCUUCACUCUGACUCCUACUGAAGGAGAGAUGAGGGGAACAACCAGUGAACCAGUUACUGGGUUCUUUACGAGGGCAGAAGGUAGUAUUGAAGAACGAAAUCGUAUUCGUGAAAGUGGGGAGAAUAAGUCAGUAGGGUUUAAAGCCACUAUACCAAAUUGUACAAGGUUCACUCGGUAUCGUGUAGACUCUGACCUAUUGACUCCCUCCAUCAACCUUCCAAUCAUGGACCCUCUUCUGUUUAAUGGCUCACUCAGUUUCUUCCUCCCCACUGACAAGAUGACAGAAUACAGUGUCACACUCACUGAUGAGAAUGUAAUAGACCUCAUGUUUGAGAACAUUCCAGUCAGUACAUUUGACAUUCAAGACCUGCUAGUGUCUGAAUGUCCUGGUGGUGGUGGUAUUUGUGUGAGCAUUGUGUAUGUUGAAGAUACUGUCUCUCCCGGAGCUCUCGUCUGUGCAAUUCGUAUCAUUGAUGGAGUGUUUGAUUUUGCUAACAUGAAACUGGUUACCAUCCCUCGGAAUUCUAUUGAAAAUUUCACCAUUCCUGUUCCUAGUGGAGAAUACCGAGUGAUUGCUUUUGAUCUGGAGAGCAACCAUUUACCAAGAAUGCCCGUCUCCGUGGUAGCACUCAGUCAAAACGAGAUGACAGUGAACUUGAUUGGUGAAGACAUUACCAGUCCACCACUCAGAGAGGGCAUUAGUGCAACCAGAUUAAUAAACCAAGAGGUUAGUGUAAUCUGUUCUGACUCUGCCCUGAAUUGUAUAGUCUUGUUCCAAUCUACCACCAUCUUGAAAAGGGUACUAGUUGGUUUCAUCAACGCUUCUUCGACGUCAACUGUCAUCUCCUUAAAUGCCACCUUUGGUGAUGGCUAUGUGGUGGUGUAUUCUUGGAAUACUUCACAGUCCAUCUUUGAAGGAGAGGUAUCUCUCAUUAUACAACUGGAUCUACCCACCACCACUGCUCCCACUACACCUCCAACGUCUGAUCCACAAACAGACCCACCUCCUCCUGAUAUUGAGUCUCUGCCAACAUCAGUUAUCGCUGCAGCAGCCAUAGCUGGUUUGGUGAUUCUGCUAUUGCUUGUGGUCACCACUGUUGGAACUGUCGUUGUGAUUUUAAGAAAACGGAGACAAAAUGAAGUUGAGGUUCCAGAGUCAGAUGGAAGAGUGGAUUGGUCAUCAACAUUUGCAGGAACUGAGCAGCCCAACAAAGCUUAUGCGUCAGUACUCAAGCUCAAGAAGAACAUUGCCUAUGAGCAGACAAAGAAACCACGGAGACAAAGGAUCGAUGACUCACAAGCCCCGGCAACAGUAGAGGGACAUUAUGAGAGUAUUGAGCCAGUUCAUGUGUAUGAGGAUGUGAUGCCUCAAGGAAAAGCAAGUCAUGCAAAUUAUGUUAACAUUAACUGAAACUUAGUUUUACCCUAUGUACCAGAUUUUAUACAGCUUUUAAUUUUAUCCCACACAGUUGUAUGAUUGUACAAUGUAUCAAUAAUAAUAUAAUU